AUGGCAGCAGUGCUACCUUACUCUGAGAAUAUGGAGCAAGCAAUCUCCCAUAUCAAGCAACAGACCAUUCUGAUGCAGAGAAGUCUUGUACAAAAGAAACUAAUGGAUGCAUUGAAGCAUUGCAGUGAUAUGUUGAAAGAACUACGGAAUCCCGAUCUCUCGCCGAAACUCUAUUACGAAUUGUACAUUAUGAUAUAUGACUCGCUAAGUAUUCUAUCGCAGUACUUGGUGGAAAAUCACCCUACCAGACACCAUUUGGCAGACUUGUACGAAUUGGUGCAGUACACGGGCAAUAUCCUCCCCAGGUUAUACUUGAUGAUCACGGUUGGUGUGUCCUUCAUGCAAACGAAGGAUUGCCCGGCAGAAGAGGUGUUGAAGGACAUGAUUGAGAUGUGUCGUGGUGUGCAACACCCCAUUCGGGGGUUGUUCUUGCGGUACUAUCUCUCUCAAAGGACUAAGCAGUCUUUGACCACGGAUAUAUCAUUGGACAAGAAGUUCGACGUUCAAUUUAUCAUCACAAACUUUAUAGAAAUGAACAAACUCUGGGUGCGCUUGCAACAUCAAGGACCGUUAAGGGAACGUGAUAUAAGAACUAAGGAAAGAAAGGAGUUGCAGAUUUUGAUUGGAUCUAACUUAGUCAGACUCUCUCAGAUUUUGGAUGACUCCUUCAUCCUGUACAAAAACGAAGUACUUCCUCAGAUCUUGGAGCAAGUGGUGCAAUGCCGUGAUGUCGUUUCUCAGGAAUACUUGCUAGACGUCAUUUGCCAGGUUUUCCCUGAUGAGUUCCAUUUGGGUACCUUGUCGCAGUUGUUGGACACAACUUUGAAGUUGAACCCAGAUGUUAGUAUCAAUAAAGUAGUCUUGUCUCUAAUUGCAAGACUAAACGGCUAUUUGGAUAGACAGGAUGAUCCUGCAAAAUCGAUUGAGGCUUUGAAAGACUUACACUUGAACGAUCAGGAAGAAUCAAGUGAUACCAAGAAUGAUGCUGAUUCUGGAAAACCCGAUGAAGCUGUUUCGGAAUCUGCACCACAACCCUCUUUUGACCUAUUUUUCGUCUUUUGGAAAUAUCUCACCAAAAUCGUAGAGGAAAGACCUGAUUUGCCCUUACACGAGAUAAUCCCCUUGGUUCAUAGUAUUAUGAUUCUAUCCAUGAAGUGGUAUCCCUCCAACUUAUCCAAUGUUGAAAUUCUCUACAAGUUCUGUUGGGAGAGAUACGAAGAUUUUGGAAAGGAAAUUCCUGAAGAGUGUGAACAAUGCUUUAAAGAGCUAUUCCUGUAUCCGCUAGGUACAGACCUUUUCUACGAUAUCAUCACCACCUGUGACUCAUUCCAGAAGCUUUUAUCGGUUCAAUCGGUGCCUUUACAAAAGAACAUAAUCGAUUCUAUCCUGGAUAAGAUAUUGUCAAGUGAUAUUAAAAUCAAAGAUAAAUCGCACUUGGAAAAAAUUGGUUUGAUAUGUGAACCAAUUAUCCAAAUGCCUAACGAUAGAGCAAAAACGUCAAUAUUGAAUGUUGAUGAUGAUUUAGAGGACGAGUUAGUGUUUUUGAAUGCAGAACAGGAAAAAUUGGCGAAGAUUGUUCACUUGAUUUAUCACCCAAAUGUCGAACAACACACGGAAUUGUUACUCAUAUGCAAAAACCGCUACUACAAAGGUGGUAAGCAGAUAAGGUUUACAUAUCCUGCCAUUGUCACAGCAUUCUGGAAGCUAAUACGAAAACUGCAUUUUAAGGGUUUAAAGAGACCUCAGAAGAAAGAAAAAUAUAACGCUACAAUUAAGCAGCUCUUCAAAUACAUUUCUAGAUGUCAUACUGACCUUUUCAACAUUUGCGGGAUCUCCAUAUGUGACCUUCUUUUCAAGCUUAACCUACAGACUGCCGCCUUGGCAGACCAGUUGUCUCUAAGUGAAAUAUCGUAUGACUUCUUCAGUCAAGCAUUUUCUAUCUUUGAAGAAUCGUUAAGCGAUUCGAAGGUACAAUUCCAAGCUAUCGUAAACAUGGCUCAGGUGCUACAAAAGACUCGCUCUCUCUACAACGAAGAGAAUUACUAUGAUACUCUUAUCACGCGAUGCACACUUCAUGGCUCGAAACUCUUGAAAAAAGCUGACCAAUGCCGUGCAGUGUAUCUAUGUUCACAUCUAUGGUGGGCCACCGAGCUAUCACUAGUUGGUGAAGAAGAAGGUGUUACCAAGAACUUCUUCCGUGAAGGUAAGCGUGUCUUAGAAUGUCUACAGCGUUCUUUGCGUGUAGCUGAUUCUGUCAUGGACAAUAUUCAGAGUUGCCAAUUGAUGGUAGAGAUUUUAGGUCGCUGCUGCUACUACUUUAUUCACGGUGAUGAAUCAGAAACACAUGUGGGGGUUAAGUACAUCGCAGGUUUAAUAGAGCUCAUCCAAGCAAACUUAAAAGGGUUAUUACUGGAAGAAUCAACCGAUGCUCAAGACGCUACCGUGCCUGCCCAAAAAAUCGUCAUUGGAUGCGAUGGUUCAUACAUAUGCAAGACACUCACCUCGUCAACGUGUAGGGUGUCCUUAAAGACACCUAAUGUCCGGGUGUCAGACUUGAUAGCGGUUCCUGUGUCGUACUUCGAGAGAACCCUACAAUACAUCGAGAAUCAGAAACAAGUUGAUGACAGAUUUAAUGCCAUCGCUACAUAA